AUGCUAUUCGGCAUUGCAUCCAAUCUCUCUCAUUCCUUACGCUUUUCCUUUCUGCAGAUGAUUGGAAUUGGCUAUGGAGUUCAUUCCAUCCUGCUGUUGGGCAUGAUUUUUACCGCUCUUUUCAAUAAUAUUCUCUUCUUCAAGCCAGGAAUCUCCUCUCUAUUCCUCCUCUUCCUUCCCACAGUGCUUCUCGCUUUUGCCGAUGUGUGCAUGACUGUCGGAUCGCUCUGUCUUUUCUACCAGGAAUCGCCUCGGCGAGCUCAAGCAGUAAUGGUUUCUAUAUUCUUCUUAUGCCGCUACUGCGGAUCGCUGCUCUUCUACACUGUUCUCCCGAUCUUGAGCUCUCUCUGCAAACUAGAAAAUCCAACGGGUCCCAUUCCUCACUACGAAUAUGGCGUUUUGCUUCUCCUCGUGGUGGCUAUCAUCUUCUUCAUUGUGCAUGUGAUGGUCUCCAUCAAGUAUUGCUCGGUUACAGAGGCAGAGUUGGACCAGGAAUGCGAGGCUUUGAAGCCUGACCGCAUCUUGCAUCCUUAUUUAUUGAAGAAAGAGAAUGGAUUCAAGUGGGAGAGCGAAAUAGAAAAGUAA